AUGUCGAAUAAUCCCCAACCUGUACCUCCACCUCGUAAUAGCUCCAAUGAUACACUCUCUGACGAAGCACGAGCGCGCGCAUCCGCACAUAAUGAAGAAUACAGACGCUCUAUGAAAUUACUUGAGGAGGCGAGAGAGAAGGCGGCGCCGAGCUACAACUCUGCACACGCUCGCAGGGUCAUGACCGAAGAGUGCCAGAGACGUUCCGGUGGAGAGAUAACGCCGUUUCCCUGGCAGCUCGAUAUCGCGGAAUGCCUGCUAUUGGGUGUGGACACGGAGCUCAUAGCAGCGACGGGGGCGGGAAAGACAAUUCCCUUCGUAUUACCCUUGUUCUUAGACCCGAAGAAGUGCAUCGUGGUCCUCUCGCCAUUGAAUGCACUCGAAAAGGAUCAGGAGAAGCGCUUCGCCGCAUUCGGGAUCAAGGCAAAGGCCGUGAAUGGAGAGACGUGGAAGUCUAAACGCGUACGACGGAACUUCAAGAACGGUCGAUACCAGAUCAUUAUCACUUCGCCCGAGAUGUGCAUCAAGCACCCCGAGUUUCGUACAAUUCUCGAGAAACCGAAGAAGAAGCGCAAGAUAGCUGCAUUCAUUAUCGACGAGGCACAUUGCAUUGUGCAGUGGGGCGAGAACUUCAGAACUGCAUACGCAGAGCUCGGCGCUCUGCGCGCAUUCGUUCCGGCGCGAGUUCCCUUCCUGGUCACCUCGGCGACGUUAAACCCGCACGACCUUCACGACGUGCGCAAAUCCGUGCAUAUGGUUCGACACGAGACGUUCCAUCUCAACCUGGGAAACGACCGGCCCAACCUGUACUGGGAAGUUCGCCACAUGAAAGCCGGCAUUUCGGACACCGAUGCGUUAUCGUUCCUCGUACCAGAGGAUAAGGGCCCGGAUGCAAAGCUCGACCGUGGCAUUGUCUUCUUUGACGAUAUUGGAGAUGCUAUGAUGGCCAUGCGUGCGUUCAGGGAGCAGCUGCCCGAGCACCUACGGAAACGCGUUCGCUGCUAUCACGCACGUAACGGCCGCAAGACGAAGGGUCGCUUCAUGCGGCAAUUCAACAACGGCGAAAUCGAUAUCCUCUUCGCAACUGAGGCGGCAGGGAUGGGCUGCGACAUGAAAGAUGUUGACUUUGUCGUACAAUUCAUGGUACCGAAGUCACUCGCGAUCUGGUUUCAGCGAGCUGGGAGAGCAGGGCGCGGCAGAGACAGUCGAGGGCGAGUCAUCCUUCUUGUCCAACCUACUGUAUUUCAAGAGAAGGGAAAGACAAAACGACAACCAGGCGAUGAAAUUAAGUACGUUAAGGAAAUUGAGGACGGACUCAGAAGUUGGAUCGAGGCAGAUACGUGCCGACGAGAUGUUGCCGAUGUCUAUUUCAAUAAUCCGGUACAGCGACAGGUGCCAGUCGCGGGAUGCUGCGAUGUCUGUGCGCGCCGUGCCGCAGAUGCUGCCGCAAAUACGGCGCCGAUGGCGAGCACUGCGAGCAACGAUCAGGACAUGGCCCCAGCCGAGCCACUUCGCCCGUCAACCCCAGUGCGCGCCCGAAGUGAUACCGUGACGACGCAUACCACACCCAGCAAGCAUCCCAACGAGAACGGCAAGCGGCCUAUGCGCGAGCCAGACCCGGUACCGGAUGAGCCAGCGCUUGGUCGUGCGAAGCAUCGUGAUCAGCAACUGGCAGACCGUCGCGAAGUGCUCGAACUAUGGCGCAAACGGACCUGGAGGGAGAAAUACGCCGAACGCGGCGCUCAUUUCGGCAUACAAGGGCUCAUGCCUGAUGUCGUCUUGACAGCUUUCGCCGCAAAUGGCCGUUGGCACACGGUCGACGACGUCAAGCAAUCGGACGAUAAGUCGAAAGCCCGUAGCUGGUGGGCACUGGAUUAUCACGGGGCCGAGAUUUUUGAGGAGCUUGAGGCGGUCGAUUCGCGUUAUCGGCAGGCUAAGAGGAGGAAGGAGGAGGAAAAGUUGGCUCGUGAACGUGCAGAAGCAAUAAGGCUCGCGGAAGAGCGUGCAGAGAAAGAGCGAAAGGAACAGGAAAAGCAGCGUCAGAAGGAGGAGAAAGCAGCGCGCGAGGCGAGAGAAAGGGCGGCAAAAAAGGCGCAGAAGGAGGCAGAAAGAUUGGCCCGUGCGCGAAAGAACGCGGGCUUCGAGGCGGCGAAGAUGGCGAGGGCAAGAAACAGAGAGGCAAAACGUGCCGAGGAAGCUGCUAAGCGUGCGGAGAGAGCGCUUUCCAAACAGCGCUUGGCCCAAGAGAAGGAGGAGGCUGAACGUCGGGCGCAGAUGGCGGCCGCGAGAGAGCUGCGGGGUAAUGCCCCUAUUCCUUUGCUUCCACGACCUGCUCAGCCAAUUGCAGGCCCUGCUCUCCUGCCAGACGUCCUCGGCAGUGGUGGGCUCAGUUACGCGCCGCAAGCUGUCUCGUCACCUCUAUCUGGCCCUCCUCGACCGGCCGGCUCUCUCGCUGCUCGCCCCGUCGUUCAACCCCGCCCCGUCAUCCGUCCCCGCCAGCCUACGCAGCACGCGCCACUAACUCCGACCUUCAACACGAUCCCCGCGGCUGGUUCUCUCGCUGCUCGCCCAAUCGUCGCACCUCGGCCGGUUACUCGAUCCCGCCAACCUGCGCAACCCGGUUCAUUGCCCGCAGUAAAUGCUGGGAGGUCGCCCUCAACACCAUUGACCGUCGCAACGGCACCGUGGACUCCAGCGACCAGCCAGCAUUCACUGUGGUCCUAUCCAACCCCCGCACCGACUAUUUCGAACAGCCCCGCACCUACAACGCACAUUCCUACCGCACUCUCUGCGGUGCAUCCCCUCGCCAAUCCCUCUUUCAUCUCAGAUGCUACCUACUCGACCCCUCCAUAUACACCUCAGAACUUUCAGACACCCUUGGCCGUUGGUUACCAAAUACGCCCUCUCUCGGAUCUUUACAUGCAAUGUCCCCCGUCUCCCUCGCCCGCGCCGCGCGUUACCGUACCAAUUCAUAAUCCUUCAUCCCCAAACCCCUUCUUAGACCGUGGACCAUUCUCUUAG